CAUGUUAUCAUACUACCCUUCUCCCACCACUCACUCUCUCUCUCUCUCUCUCUCUCUCUCUCAAAGCAGCACGACUUCUUUGCAAUUCUUGAGAGGCAACUAAGAAAGUCAACCAAAAAAUACAUCCUAUUAUGGAAAAGCUAUUCAAAUGUGAAGCAAAUUAUGUACCUCUCACUCCUCUCACUUUCUUGAAGAGAGCCGCUAAGGUUUACUCCAACCGUACCUCUAUUAUAUACGGCAGAACCCGGUUCACCUGGCUUCAAACCUACGAGCGUUGUCUCCGCCUCGCCUCCUCUCUCCGAUCCCUAAACAUUUUCAAGAAUAAUGUUGUAUCGGUGUUGGCUCCAAAUAUUCCAGCAAUGUAUGAGAUGCAUUUUGCAGUGCCCAUGGCUGGGGCAGUAUUGAAUGGCAUCAACACCAGGCUAGACCCAAAGACCAUAGCCAUCGUUCUCAGGCACUCUGAAACAAAGGCCUUGUUCGUCGACUACAAGUACAUGCCAUUGGCACGCGAGGCCCUCCGGCUUUUGAUGGACGAAGUGAAAGGUUCCAUGGCAGCCAAAUCAUCCAUCCCACUCGUCGUUGUCAUUGAUGACGUGGACUCCCCUACCGGUGUCCGCCUUGGGGAUUAUUCAUUGGAGUAUGAGCAGCUAAUCUACAAGGGUGAUCGAAAGUUUGUUCCAGACGAGAUUGAGGACGAGUGGGACCCAAUAGCCCUCAAUUAUACAUCUGGGACGACCUCAGCUCCCAAGGGAGUUGUGUAUAGUCAUCGAGGUGCCUAUCUAAGCACUCUCAGCCUAAUUUUGGGUUGGGAAAUGGGAAGUGAGCCUGUCUACCUUUGGACCCUCCCCAUGUUCCACUGCAAUGGUUGGACUUUCACUUGGGGAGUAGCAGCACGAGGUGGGACCAACGUGUGCAUACGCAACACCACGGCCCACGAGAUAUAUUCGAACAUAGCCCUACACAAGGUCACACAUAUGUGUUGUGCGCCAAUAAUCUUCAACAUCCUCCUGGAGGCCAAACCACAAGAGCGCAGGGAAAUCACCACCCCCGUGGAGAUACUCACUGGCGGAGCACCACCACCGCCUAUGUUGCUUGAAAAGAUCGAGCAGCUUGGAUUCCAUGUGGUCCAUGCUUAUGGCCUCACCGAGGCCACUGGACCUGCCCUGGUCUGUGAGUGGCAAGCCAAGUGGAACCAGCUGUCGCGCCCUGAGCAGGCUAAACUCAAGGCGCGACAGGGUGUCAGCAUACUGACACUAGGCGACGUGGACAUAAAGGACCUAGCCACAAUGGAAAGCGUGCCACAUGACGGUAAAACAAUGGGGGAAAUCGUUCUCCGAGGCAGCAGCAUCAUGAAAGGGUACUUGAAAGAUGAAAAUGCAACCUCAAAGGCCUUCCACAAAGGGUGGUUCGUCACCGGGGACAUGGGUGUGAUUCACCCAGAUGGGUACAUAGAAAUCAAGGACAGGUCCAAGGAUGUGAUCAUAUCAGGUGGAGAGAACAUAAGCAGUGUAGAAUUGGAGUCAGUCCUCUACAAGCACCCCAGCGUGCUCGAAGCAGCGGUGGUGGCAAUGCCGCAUCCACGGUGGGGGGAGAGCCCUUGCGCCUUCAUAACACUCAAAGAGGACUCCCCGGACCACCACGCCGUGGUGGUCACAGAGGCCAAUAUCAUAGCGCAUUGCCGGAAAAACCUCGCCGGAUUCAUGGUGCCGAAGAAGGUGGUUUUCAUGGAUGGGCUGCCCAAGACAUCAACUGGGAAAAUUCAGAAAUUUCAACUUAGGGCUUUGGCAAAGACAUUGGAAUUCACAGUCAGAGAGACUAGUAAUCAAUCAAACAGGGAAGAACAAGAUCAAUUCAGGGACCAACAUCAUGAACAGAUUAUGGCUUCGUCUCGCCUUUGAAGACAAUAUAAUUAAUUACUACAAUGUUGGCGUAUUAUACAUAUAUUUAUAUUUAGAGUUAUGUUAAGAACCCAAAUAAUCUACUAAAUCUUUCAUAUGGGUGUGCCACCCAUACGUAUGUGAAUUUGUGUAGAUCUUACAUCCACGUGAGCCACCCAUACGUAUGUGAAUUUGUGUAGGUCUUACAUUCACGUGAGAUGUUAACAUUUUCUUUAUAUUUAUAAUAAGUUAGUGUACAAAUCUAAUUAUAUAUAAGAGAACGAUUUGCUAAUAAUAUUUUUA